AAUAAUGUGUCUGGAAAUCGAAACAAUGUGCCUGGAAAUCCAAACAAUGUGCCUGGAAAUCCAAACAAAUUGUCUGGAUAUCCAAAUAAUGUGUCAGGAAAUCCAAACAAAAUAUCUGAUAACCAAAACAACGUGUCUGAUAAUCCAAAAAAUGUGUCUGGAAACCCCAACAAAGUGUCUGAUUAUCCAAAUAAUGUGUCUGGGAGUUCAAACAAUAUUUCUGCCAAUACAAACAAUGUGUCUGAAAACUCAAACAAUAGAUUUGCCAAUCGAAGCAAUAUAUCUGGAAAUCCAAACAAUGACUCUGAUAACCCCAACAAUGUCUCUGAUAACCCAAACAAUGUGUCCGAUAACCCAAGCAAUGUGCCCGAUAACCCAAACAAUGUGUCCGAUAACCCAAACAAUGUGCCCGAUAACCCAAACAAUGUGUCUGGAAACCCCAACAAAGUGUUUGGAAAUCCAAGCAAUGUGUCUGACUCUCCAAACAAAGUCUCUGCCAAUCAAAAUAAUGUAUCUAGAAAUAUGGACAAAAAUAACAAUGUUUCUGAUCGCACUAACAAUUUCAACAAUGGAAAUGUUGCUUCUGAUACGAACAAAACGAACAUGACUUCUGGUAAUUCUAGUGAUGUUUCUGACAACACCACGACACCAACAAAUGUGUCUGACAAUCCGGUGAAAGUG